AUGUUUUUAGUGUUUUUACGUUAUGGUUUGCAGAUGGCUGUGGAAGGUGGACUGAAUGAUGAGGAAAUACGUCUCAUAGUAAAUCAGGAAUCAAGUGAUGAGGAAGACCUAGAUUUUCGUGGUUCAGUUACAGAAGAUUCUGAUGAUGAACCUAAUGGUGUAUUAGAAGAUUUUCGUCAUAUGAAUGUGAUUGGUCAAACAAAUAAUUAA